CCCACAGCGGUGAUCAUUGUGUCAGGUACGCAAACACGGUCCGGUUUUACGAGCUAAACUCCCCCCACGUCCGGAUUUAUUAUUGGAGCAGAGGAAGCGGCGUGGUCUGGAACGGGUCUGAGAGGAGCCUAGACCGGUUCGGAGCGGACCUGACCCGGUUUUUGGAGCGGGUUUGGAGUGAAGGAGGCAAAGUUUGUUCCGGCUUCGGUUCACGUCUCUUGUCUCUCGAGUUGUCGGCCAUGUUCAGGUGAGAACCCGGCUCCGCGGCGCCCACCAUGCUGAAGCGUCUGGACAGGAUCCGGUUCCGGGGCCAGAGACGGGACGAGUUCCUGGAUCUGGCCGAGUCACCCAACACGUCCGACACAGAAUGCACCGAGGAGGUCCUGAUCAAACCUCGCUUCGCCUCCAGAGAGUCGGAGGAGCUGAGGGAGGUGGAGGGAGAGCAGCAGAGUGACGCUCAGGCUGGUCCAGGGUUUUCUGCAGCUCUCCAAGACGACUCGAGGACAGAUCUGAACGAGGUCAAAGGUCACCUAGAAAUCGCCUUGUUAGAGAAACACUUCUUACAGGAGGAGCUGAGUAAACUCAAAGAGGAGUCCAACGUGGAUUCACUGAGACAGGAGCUGGAGAAGGAGCGCUGCAGACGCAUCGAGCUGGAGCAGAAGAUCAACGACGUCUUGAGAUCCAAACUUGAAGACUCACCUUCUCAGACGCCUAAAGCCCCACCCCCUCCAGCACCUGCAGGCAGCAGUACAGACAAACAGAGGGAAACUCUGUCCAACAGCUUCCUGAAAUGGCUUUACGAACGUUUCGGCGUUUAUAUCGAAGACUUCCGCUUCCAGCCAGAGGAGAAGACGGUGGAGACGGAGGAGCCGCUGAGUGCCAAGAGGUUGACUGAAAACAUGAGACGCCUCAAGCGAGGAUUCAGACCUGUGACGAACUUCAUGAGGAACCUCUCCGCCUUAUCCAGCUGGUACUCCGUCUACACGUCGGCCAUCGCCUUCAUUGUCUACAUGUACGCAGCGUGGAACGGCUGGGUCAUCCCCAUGUUCCUGUUCCUCGCCAUCCUUCGCCUGUCCUUGAAUUACCUCAUCGCCAGAGGCUGGAGGAUCCAGUGGAGCAUCGUACCUGAAGUGUCUGAACCCGUGGAGCCUCCUAAAGAAGACCUGACGGUGUCGGAGAAGUUCCAGCUGGUUCUGGACGUCGCUCAGAAAGCACAGAAUCUGUUUGGGAAGAUGGCCAACAUCCUGGAGAAGAUAAAAAAUUUGUUCAUGUGGGUUCAGCCAGAGUUGACUCAGAAGCUGUACGUUGGUCUGUGGUUCGCCUUCAUCUCCUCCUGCGUUCUGCCGUACAAACUGCUGGGAUUCAUCAUAGCUGUGUACGCAGGAAUAAAGUUCUUCAUCAUCGACUUCAUCUUUAAGAGUUGUCCCAAGCUGAGGCAGCGCUUCGACACCCCCUACAUCAUCUGGACCAAUUUACCCACCGACCUGCAGCUGAAGGAGCGUAGCAACACCACCCUGAGCCGACGGGCUACUGUGGCGGGAGGUCGAGGCAGCCUCACUGCUGCAGCUCCCAUGGGUGUCAACCGGGACGAGGACGGAGGGCGAUACUACAGCACCAAGAGAGGAGCGUUUCACGAAGUCUUCAACCUUCCGGAGAGUGAGCGUCCCCUGCCAGUGUGUGAGAACGGAUGGCGCUGCUGCCUCAUCAACAGAGACAGGAAGACACCGACAGACUACAUCCGCAACGGAGUCCUCUACGUCACUGAGAAUCAUCUGUGUUUCGAGAGCUCCAGCUCCAGGUCCGGAUCCUCCAAGAGGAACAAAGUCAUCAAACUGCUCGACAUCAAAGAAAUCCAGAAGUACAAAGUUUUGUCAGUGCUGCCUGGAUCUGGGAUGGGCAUCUCCAUAGCGACGCCAUCCACCCAAAAGCCGAUGGUGUUCGGUGCGAUGAUGCACAGAGACGAAGCCUUCGAUGCCAUAUCCACUCAGUACAACAAGAUCCUGGCCAUGGCCACAGCCGCCAGCCCAGAGACAUAGUAACACCUUCACAAGAUGGCCGCCUUCACACAAACGCUGGAUCUGUUUCACCCUUUAUUCACCGGUGACGUUUUUCUUCAGCUUGAGCUGCUUGUCUGCUUUUAUACGAUUCGGGUUAGCGUGACAAUUCAGAGACCUUACAUUAGUGACUGAUAUUAAAUAAGCUGAUUCCAGCCAAUCACUGAUUUCGUUUCAGAAUCAGCCAAACCAGCAUCAAUCACUGUUGUUAAGCAGUUUUACAUAAAGCUCCUGCAAAAGAGACCUGAGCUGAGUUUUAAUUUCCAGGAAGUUCUCAAAUAUAAAUUGCUUGCACAGACGAAUAAAGAUUGAAAUAACCUGUGUCAUACAUGUAAUCUUCAUAGUUAGCACUCACUGAAAACACGUUCUCUGUUUAACACUGAUACUUCUAAUUAACUUAUUAUUUUUCGUUGCUUCUACUAAAAUCACUUCCUGUUUCACAUUAAAAGCCUCUCAGCAGCUCAAAGAGUACAAUCCCUCCUUUACUUGCUUUGGCUUUUAAUGUGAAAAAAAUACCUGCAAGGUAACUAACUAUUUCUUUUUGUUCACACAGGAACAAUCAGUCGUUUACAAUCUUUAAUAUAAGUGCUACAUCUGGCUGCAGGUUGUGUCUUUUCAGUUUUUCCAUUGAGGUACAUUACACUUUAAAGUUUACUACACAAUGAGCCUUGUGCAAGAACCAGUCGUACGAAUGGAUUUGAUCUUAAGCAGCAAAAUACAAACGAUUUAGAAGAAUUUGUGGCAUUCAUACUUAGAAUUUACUCAUAGGUAGGAAUAAAGUUCGUCAUAGUGGCUUAAUCUGAAUUAAUUUAGAGCUCAAUGUCUAUGACAAACGAAAUGCAAAAUUAAUAGUCUGCCCACUAUGUCAUCGUCAUCACGGCUGCUAGUAUACUGAGAGUUUUUUUUAGAUUUUUGGAUUUUUAUCAGACAGAUUUUUCGCAUAUUAGCCAAGGAUCACUUUUUUAGCAUCUAAUGCUGCCUUCAAAUGAAAUUUGCAAUCUGGUAAACAUGGUGAGCAUGACCCCAUUUGAAGGCAGCAUAUUUUAGCCUGGGUGGUUAGUGCAUUAGUGCUUAAAUUAUUACUUGAUUUUCUGUUCAUUUUCAUGUUCAGUUUUGGGCAGUUGUUUUUACAGUGUUAUUAGCAUAUACCAUAAACAUGUUUAAACCUCAUUAAUUUACAUCAGUGUCUUCAGGGAAUUGUAAAAACUUUAUUAAAUGACUCUGUAUUGUACUUAACAGCUAAGCCUUAUAGUCAAUUACAGUGAUUUUUCUUUUUAAUGUGGUGGUAAGAGACUUACUAUGUAUUAUGUAUUCUAUAUGAAUGUUUUACAACUAUUUACUGUGCAACACUUAAUGUAAACCACAAAUUUAAUCUCAGCUUUUAACUUCUGUCUUAGCUAAAGGCUAAUACGUUAAACCUAAUGAAACAUACAAUCAGUUUGUUUAGCUUACUCUUUAGCCUCAGGUCUGAGUUUAUUUCACAAUCAGUAAGCUAAGGAGCUGAAGCUAAAAAAAAAAAACAAACAAGCAAAAAAAUUACAAACAAACUGACUUUUUUGUUUCACCUUUAGCUUUUCCCAUAGCUCAAAGCUAAAGGCUAAAGCUAAACAAUUAUAAAUUACAGCGCCCUGAAAAGUAUUUUCUUUGUCUUUCAUCUUUCAGGUUUUUUUUUUUUUUGUUUCAUAGCCAAUAAGCUAAGAGGCUUAAAAAAUUGAAGAAAUUGAAUUUUUUUUCUGAUGUUUAGAUUUUUUUGUUUGAACAGUAGCUUAUUUUCUCAGCUCAAUGCGUGUUCACUAAAGCUAAACAAUUUAAAACAACACAAUGAUCUGAAAUGGUUCUUUUUUCUAAUGACAGGUCAGUAAUUUUUAGCUUUCUUUCAUAAUCAAUAAGCCAAAGCUGGAAUAUUGACUUUUCUGUUCUAUUUAGCUCUUGUUUUAAAUGUAGCUUUUUCCUCAACCACAGUGCUAAUCAGAUAAGCUAAGAGAGCUAAAACAACACAAUGAAAUACCAGAAGUAUGAAUAUUAGCUGGAGCCAGCAGGUGUCAUAGAUUUAAAACACACACUUCUUCAUACAAAUAACUACUUGUUGCUCACACAUUGUUAUCAAUCUGAUCUAGAUGAUGCACUUUAAAACCUAAAAUUUGAUUUUGGACCAAAACAAAAAUAUACAAUUCUUAACACACUUCUGAUUUUCCUUUGACAUGCUCUAAACGUGUAUUUUUGGUUAAUUUGAUGGCACAAAUUAUUUGUUUGUAUCUCCAUGAAAUCUGCCUGGCUCAAUGAGGAAACAUAUUUUUUCGCAGACUGACAAAGUGUUAGCUAGCCAGUUUAAGUGCUUUAGUGUAAACGUGAAAAUAAUGUUUCUGUUCCUGCCAAUCACUGCCAGUCUUUAACUGUGGUUUUCUGUCCCUCAGAGGAACACAUUCUACUGUCACACCAGCAUUUAUCACUUUUAAUUAAAAUCGGAUUCACCCCAUUUCAAUUAGACUCCACUUUAAUGCGCUAGUAAUUUUUUAAGCUAGUCAAUUAAUCAUUUGGGCAACAAAACAUCAGGGAAUAUUUCCUUGUGUUGUUGGUGAUAGCAUCAAAUAUCUUGUUUUAUCUGACAAACAGGCCAAAACCUAAAGAUAUGCAGUUCACUUUAAUGUAGGUAAUGGAAAUUUGCACAUUUGAGAACCUGGAACCAUCAAACAUUUGAUAUUUUUGCUUGAAAAAUGAUGGAUUUUCAAAAUAGUUGCAGAAUAUUUUUCUGCAGAUUGACUAAACACUAGAUGUAGUAUGAUGUAGCAGAUGUAAUUUCAAUUAAAUCCUUACAAUCUUAUCAUCUUUCGACCAAAAGCUGUCCUGUUAGCUCAACCAAAUUUAUUACGAAACUAAAGUAUUUUUUUCUCCAAUAUAAAAAAUCAGCUCAUGAAACAUUCACAUAAAGAAAGCAUUUUUUGUUUUAAUUUAAAAAAGUCCACAUAAUGAUAAUCUCACUCUGUCAGUUUUUGGUGUGAUCAGGGCAAAGCUCUUUCAUUGCCAAAUAUUUUGUAGUUUUAAUUCUGUCUUGUUAAAAUGUUUUUACACGCUUCAUUUUUGCAAUAUUGACACCAGUCGUUAACGCCAUGUUGCCUCACUCAGAGUUUUUGUUUCAUGCGUCUUUGUUAAAACUCUUAAUCCUCCUGAGUUUGUUUGUGGUUUCAUUUUUACGUCAGUGGCGAGUCUGUUUGGUUUUUUUUUUUUCCUGGAUGUAAGGAUUUUUAUAAAAUGGUGUCAUUGUACCAAUAGGUGUAAAGUUUUUAAAUGAAAUGAUUUUCGUUGUUUAAAUGUGAUGUACAUUUUUUUUAAUUUAAGUAAAAUCAAAUGUUUAACACUGA